AUGAAUUUGCUUCGAUAUAGACCAUCUCCAGUGGCUACAAUAUCAUCGAAAGACAGCAAAGAUCAUAAAAAUGCGUUGGACAUAGCAACAGGGCCAAUCGAUGGAAAUCGAAUUCUUAGUUGGCAAAAUCUAACACACAUAUAUACCUUGCUUAGUGCAUACGGCGGACCUGCAUGCUUUCUACCUGCGAAUGCCUAUUAUGUGCUCGGUUCUACAAAGGGUCCCGUGUUGAUAUUCGAUGAUAAGGAGUAUCUUCAGAGUAUUCUGGCACCUAGUUGUAAAGCCACAACUGCUACUACUAGUACCACCCACUCUACAGAUUUGAACAUGAUUCAAGGAAUACGUUCCCCAGUGACUCAUCUAGCAAUUUCGUGGGAUGGUACUCAUUUGGCAGCUGCUUAUGAGACUGGAGAUGUCUUUAUAUGGGAUCUUAAUAACACUACCGACAGUACAGAUGAACAAAAUUCUGCUAAUGGAAACAUAGGACAAAUUUCUCCAUUAUACGCUAUAUUGCAUAUUACUAGACAUGUAGGAUCUUCUAUUAAUGGUCUGAUGUUUAGAGGUAAGAGACACACGGCAUUGGUAGUAAGCGAUAUAAAUGGGAAUGUCACUUAUCAUAACGGUCAUAGAACUCGACUUUGGCAACUCACAUAUAGUUCAAUGGCUGUUUUAACUGUACCUUCAAAUGAAAUAAUAUUGUCCACAUCAUUGCAUACUGUUGGGAAAUUCGAUGGAAUCCUAGCCAUACUCACUAAUAAACUAUUUUGUUUGACUACACUUGAAGACGCUCUAAAUGAAAAUGAUUCUGCAACAUUGAAACGCCAGAAUAAUUCACCGAUUAUUCUAUAUCAAAAAAAUAUAACUGAAUCAUCUUCAUCAAAUGAUAGUAAUAGUCUUAUUCCGAACAAUGGAAUUGCUUGGUAUACAGAUCCAGCGACAUCCUCAAGUAUUGUAUACUUGUCGUAUUUCAUUAAUUCUACGGUAAUUGUAUUGGUUCUUCGAACCACCAUGCAAACCAAAUUUCAGUUGUUGCAAAAUGAAAUAACUUGGAAUGCUCCAGAACCAAUCCUUUCAAUAGCAUGGAUAUCGAGGAUGUUGUUAAUGAUUCUUACCGUGUCACAUCAAUUGAUUGUCGUACAACCUUAUGAUAAUUUCAAAAUUAUUAUGAAAAUAGACCUCUUACCACAAAAUUUACUAAUUCCACCAAAUAAAUUUUUCAAAUUCCAUCAUAAUAAAUUGAUAUUACUAACACAUUACUCAUUGAAAAUAGCUAAAUUUAAUCAAUGGUCAACAUUAACCCUUAAAAAAGUCCAGCAUGGAGAUUAUCUUGGUGCAUUAGAUCAAUUAUACAAAUUUUCCGAUCCAAAUUUUACUAUUCCAUCAUUGCUCAGUCUACAUAUGGAUCCACAGCAAAGAAAAGAACAAUUGCACGACACCUUUAACAAUCUAACUUUUGCAGCAUUAAAAUUUUUAUUAAAGAAACAUGAGUCGCAUAUUAAUGAAGACAAUGACUCAGAUGAUAGUGAGACCUUAAACUCCUUAGAUCAAUUACUUGAAUUUGUUAUAAAAGUACAGAUUCAGUGGUUCCCCGAUGAUGAACAAUUUUUACAAUUCCUUGACCUCACAUGGGAUUCACUUACACUUCUGAAUGAUAAAGUAAAAAUGACAUUUAUUAAGACUACAAUUGACCUUAUUGCAAACGGAACACUCACUAUAGUACCACCAUCUAUUUUCCAACAAAUUAUACGACAGCUCACUGAAGAAGUUGGCAUUUCUACCAAUUUAGAGACUCUUUUAUUUAACUUAGAACCAUCUUGUUGGGAUGUUGAUUUACUUGUGAGAAAAUUACAACAAAAUCCAAUUGUUGGUAAUUUUUCAAACCAGAUUCUAUUACCAUACAUAUGGAAUAUCAAAUUCAACGAUUUCUUAACUCCCCUAGUAGAUUUAAUAUACUGGAUACGAGAUAAGAAUACAUUGAAUUGUGAGCUGUUUAAAGUUCCUAAUAAUGAUGAGGAAGAGACUGUUCUGAAACCAGAUAUCGUAUUUGAUUAUUUGACAUUUUUAUAUUCGGGGACUUAUUAUCCUUCUGGACAACCUCUAGAAGUACCUUAUGUGAAUAAUAUUGAAUCAAAACUGUCGUAUGUAUUGUUUAGUGGUGUUGCAAUUGAUUGGCCUUUAGGAAGUCAAACUAAAUUAAAUGUUGCUUUAUAUAAGGAAGACGAACAAUCAUUCCCAUACUUUAAUUUAUUGCUAAAUUAUGACGCUUCUAAAUUUUUAGCAACUUUGAAUGGAAUAAUGGAGGCAACAUUUUUUAAUGAAGAGGAAGAUGUAUUUAAUGGAGACAUUAUAGAUACGAAUGUUGCCGCUACAUACACCCUGAACAUAAACAGACAGUAUAUUGUUGAUAUCCUUCUUGAAUUUAUGAAGGCUAAUUCAGAAACUCCCUCUAAAAAUGAAGUCUUCAUCGCUGUUUUCCUAGCGUUAAACAUACCCAAGUAUCCUCAAUUUAUUCAUGUAUCUAGCUAUUAUAUGGAUGUUAUUGUCCAUGCUAUAUUACAUGCUAGGUUGAAUGUAGAACGAUCUUUAGCAGAAUCGGCAAUACAGGCAUUAUUGCCGCUAUACGAACCAACUAAUGUUGAAUCGUUCGUCCUUCAACUAAAAGAAAACAAAUUUUAUCUGUUAUUGAUGACAUAUUACAAGAUAAAUAGAAGAAUAUCAGAUAUGUUUAGUAUUUGUUUCUUUGAUAUUGAUUCCUCCUCAGAUGACACUACAGUACUGAUAAACAACGCCAUCAACUAUAUCUUACAAUUUAAUUUAAAGAGUUCAAACUCUGUAGAGUACUAUAAAAUUACUGACAUUUUUAAAGAGAAUUUUAAUAAGAUAUUGAGUGCUAUUGGUGCUGAAAAAGUUGUUUCUUAUGUUAAUAAACUUGAUCCGUCGAUGCAUGAUUGCAUUUUGGAUAUUGGGUUAAGUACACAAAAUGAAGAGCUUCAAAGACAAUAUUUAGAUAUAUUACUAAGCGAUACUACCUCCAUUACCUUACAUGACUCCGAGUUGAGCAAAAAAUACAUAGAACUGUCUUGUAAGUAUGACACACCUGAAGAAUUGCACCAAUGGUUGAAAAAACUAAACUUUGGAAGCUUAAGUGUAACUACUAUUAAUGAUAUUAAUGAAAGAUUUAUUACCAAGAAGGACUAUGAAGCACUAGCCAUUGUGCAGUUUAAUUUGGCUGACUUCGAGAAAUCUGUCCAGAAUAUGGUAAUUUGUAUUGACUCGUUGUUUUUAAAGGAUAACAUUGAUGAAAAUGAGGAGCAACUGAUGGAACAAAUUAAUUAUUCAAUUCUUGCAUCAUCGCUCGUCACAGAUCAUGAAACUAAACAAAGAUGCUGGAUCCUGUUGCUAUCCUGUUUGGUGAAACAAUAUAGUAGAAAAUCAGAGCCUAAGGGUAACGAUGAGAAGCAAUUCGAUAAAAAAAUUAUUAAUAAAUGCAUACAAUAUGUAUUUGUAAAAUUGUCCUUCAUGGAAGAUGAUACAAUGGAUAAAAGGAAUGGAAGGCCACUAGACCCCAACCAAACUAAUUUUUGGCAUAUAUUGGCGGGUGUUCUAGAACAGCAGGAUAUCAUACUAAUGAAAAUACAUGAUGUUAACGAGUUACUUCAAGAGGUUUUUACGACUUAUAAUCUUGAGGAACAGAUAUCAGAGUUAAUAUUAAAGGUUUUAGAGCAGUCAUCAUCACUAAUUGUAGAACAAUACCGAAAUUCUUUAAAACAGGGCUGGUCACUUGUCAAUAAUGAAUGUGAGGUAUGUGGGAAGAAACUCUGGGGCAUUGAUUUAGAAUCUAAGAUUGCUCGUAUCUGGGAAGCUAAGAGAAGGGACCAAACGGUUCCAAAACCGGAAAUAUUCAAUGGAAAGGUUGUCCUGUUUCGAUGUAACCAUGGUUUCCACACAAAAUGUCUGGAAAAUUUAGGACAAAAAACUAAGAGAUAUUCGUGCCUGAUAUGUCAUUCGGACAGUCCAUAA